GAAAGCCAAGUGCCAACUGAAAGCUGUAAAAUGGCGAACUUACUACCUCGUUCUUUUGGUCUUGUGGAAAAAGCCAUUUUUAAAAAUGGUUCAAAGGCACUGGCAGUGUCACCAUAUAACAAUUCACCAAAUAAACAGCAAGUUCGUCACCUAAAUGUGCAUGAGUAUGUCAGUUAUACACUACUCAGGGACCAUGGCAUCCCGGUGCCAAAGUUCCAUGUCGCUAAGACCCAGGACGAGGCAGUCAAGUUUGCCAAAGAACUAAACACUCAAGACAUAGUGCUCAAGGCUCAGGUACUUGCUGGUGGCAGGGGCAAAGGUGCAUUCAAAAAUGGACUCAAAGGUGGAGUUCGCAUGGUUGAUACCCCUGAAGUUGCUGGUGAGAUAGUCGGCAAGAUGCUGAAGCAAUACCUGGUAACGAAACAGACUGGUGCUGCUGGUCGUAUCUGUAACAUGGUCAUGGUUACCGAAAGGAAAUUCCCCCGCAGAGAAUACUACAUCGCCAUCAUGAUGGAACGUAGUUUCAAUGGUCCAGUGAUAAUCGCGUCAUCCCAGGGCGGUGUGAACAUCGAGGACGUGGCCGCAGAGAACCCGGACGCGAUCACGUACGAGCCCAUCGACAUUGUCACCGGCAUCACAGAUGACCAAAUCUGCAGGGUCAUCAAGAAGAUCGGACUUGACGCACACGCUGAAGAAGCAUCGGGAAUGAUUCAGAGAAUGUAUGACCUAUUCAAGAAGAAGGAUGCCCUACUUAUUGAGGUGAACCCUUAUGCCGAGGACGCUCUUACUGGCCAAUUCUUCUGUUUGGAUGCUAAAUUCCGUUUCGACGACAACGCCCAGUUCAGACAGAAGGAGCUGUUCGAACUCCGGGAUAUAUCGCAGGAGGAUCCCAAGGAGAUUGAAGCCGCCAAAUUCGACUUGAACUACAUCGCUCUUGAUGGUAACAUCGGGUGCAUGGUGAACGGCGCGGGUCUGGCGAUGGCGACGAUGGACAUCAUCAAGCUGUACGGCGGCGACCCCGCCAACUUUCUUGACGUCGGCGGCGGCGCCACCGCGCAGGCCGUGUCGGAGGCAUUUAAAAUUAUCCUGUCCGACCCCAAAGUGACGGCGAUCCUGGUGAACAUAUUCGGCGGCAUCAUGCGGUGUGACGUCAUCGCGGAGGGCAUCAUCAACGCCGCCAAGAACCUCAACAUACAGAUACCCGUCAUUGUCAGAUUACAGGGUACCAAAGUGAACGAGGCGCGCAAGUUGAUCGCCGACUCCGGUCUGCGCAUCGUGCCGCGCGACGACCUCGACGAGGCCGCUAAACUCGUCGUCCAACUGUCGGAGAUCGUCGCACUCGCCAAGAAGGCCGAAGUCGACGUCAAAUUCGACAUACCCAAGUACAUGCUCGAGAAGUAAACAGUAUUUCAAUGUAGCAAUGCGUGGCAAGGGUGGGCUUACAUUACUCCAGUAACUUUAGAGAGCAAGUGAGUUAUAAUAUAUCACUUGUAUUAAUCUCUACAUAAACGAGUUAUAUUGAACGGUAUGUGGACUAUGUCCUUGUCAACAUUAAUAAGCUACAAUAGAUCACCUGUACUUUGACCGUGGCACUGUUCGUGAUAUCAACAUGUGAGAUAUGAAACCCGGUUGUGUAAUAACGUCGGGUUAAGUUCAACUAAGCAAUAAGUACGUUGUGCGCGUAUUUGUGUCACUUUUUAUGGCCGGUUUACAUUAUUUUAAUGUAGCGUUGGAAUGCUUCUGGAUUAAUGUGUACGGAUACUGGAAUGCACUGAAUUACAUUCCAGUGCCAUUUUACAUUCUUUACAUACAGUUUACAUAUAUUCCAGUAGCAACCAGUGCUGGAUUGGAAUAGUGUAAACUAGUCAUUGUUAACAGAUUUGUCUGGAAUAAUGUAAACUUACUAUUCUUUUUAAAGAGAAAAAACUUUCACUUAGCCACAAAAAUUGCUGUAUUUAGCCUAGAUCGCUAUUUUCUGUAUUAAUCUCAUGUUGACUUUCGAAUAUUAUUGGGACACGUAUAGAUUUAAUUCGAUUUAACAGCACGCACGAAACUCAUUAUGCACAUGUAUGCAGUUGU